AUCUAAUUUCGUCUCUGCGCUUGCUUUUUUCAAUUGGGUUAAAUAUGAUUUGGAUAUUAGACUUAAUUCUCACAAUUAUUGCCUAAUUAUCCACAUUUUGGCUUGGUCUCGACAAUUUCCUUUAGCGAUGAAGUUGUUGUCUGAAUUGAUUGAGUUGUCUAAAGAUGUCUCAAGUAGUGAGGAUGUUUUUCAGAAUUUGGUAUUGUGCACUGAGCACUGUAAUUGGAACCCUGUUAUCUUCGAGAUGCUAAUUAAGGCAUAUGUGAAGUUGGAUUUGAUUCAUGAAAGUUAUUGGAGCUUUAAGAAGAUGGUGAAAUUGGGUUUUGUCCCAAGCGUUAUUGCUUGUAAUUGUAUUCUACAUGGCCUGGCGAAGAUGAAGUCUGAUGGCCAAUGUUGGGAGCUUUAUGAAGAGAUGGGGAGGAUUGGAGUUCACUCAAAUGCAUAUACUUUUAAUAUUUUGACUUAUGUUCUGUGUAGAGAUGGGGACGUGAAUAAGAUUAACGAGUUCUUGGAAAAGAUGGAAGAGGAGGGGUUUGAUCCUGAUGUUGUGACUUACAAUACUUUGAUCGAUAGCUAUUGCAGAAGAGGUAGAUUAGAUGAUGCAUUUUACUUGUAUAGGAUAAUGUAUAGGAGAAGUGUGAUGCCUGAUCUUGUUUCAUAUACUUCCUUGAUGAGGGGUCUUUGUAGGUUAGGAAGGGUAAGAGAAGCCCAUCAGCUAUUUCAUCGAAUGAUUGACCGAGGAAUGGAUCCAGAUGUUGUGUCGUACAAUACGCUAAUUGGUGCAUAUUGUAAGGAUGGAAUGCUGCAAGAGGCAAGAUCAUUGCUACACGAUAUGAUCGGAAUUGGUAUUCACCCAGAUAAUUUCACUUGUAGGAUUUUGGUGGAAGGAUAUGGAAGAGAAGGUAGGUUGAUCUCGGCUUUGAAUUUGGUUGUAGAGAUUCAGAAACUUGGAGUCACCAUUGCUCACGAUAUAUACAAGUAUCUUAUCAUAUCAUUGUGUCAGGAAGAUCGUCCAUUCGCAGCUAAAAGUCUUCUCGAAAGAAUUCUUGAGGACAGAUUCCAACCUGAUUCUGAUAUCUACAAUAAGCUUAUUGAAUCUUUCUGUAGAAGUAAUAAUGUGUCUGAGGCACUACUUCUGAAAUCGGAAAUGAUAAACAGGAAUUUCAAACCUACCAUUUAUACAUAUAAGUCUCUCAUACACUGUAUGUGUGAAAUCAAUAGAAGUGUAGAUGGUGAAGGUCUAAUGGAGGAAAUGGUUGAAUCUGAAGUGCUUCCAGAUCAUGAAAUAUGUAGAGCAUUGGUAAACGGAUAUUGCAAAGAAGGCAAUGCUGAUAAAGCAGAAUCAUUAUUGGUCUCAUUUGCCAAAGAUUUUCAGUUCUUUGACUCUGAAAGUUUCAAUUCUCUGGUUAAAGUUUACUGUGAUAUGGGUAAUGAAACAAAGUUGAUGGAGCUGCAAACUCGAAUGUUAAAAGCAGGGUUUCUUCCAAAUAACUUAACAUGUCAAUACAUUAUCCAUGGACUUUGGAAAUUCACGAGACUCAACGAGCAGAGAGUUCAAGCAGUAGUGGUAUGAGACCUGUUUAGAAUGACUUUCUAAAUGAAAUAUUUCUGUUCCACUUAAAGGCGCCUUAUUUAGUGGAUAGAAAAUCAUUCUGAACAGAAUAAAGUCCUGUAUAUAGAAAGAAAGGUGCAAAGGCAAUGCAUCAUUCAUUCAAUGCUUACUCAUUUGGUGAUCUUGGCAUCAUCUAAUUGAGUGAGUUGAAAGAUGGACUUGAAGAUUGUGAAUUGAAAGAUGAUAAUGUCUGGGAAGCAAGACAGGAUGUGUAUGCCACAAAUGAAACAAAGUUGAUGUAGCUGCAAGAUCAGAUGUAUAGAAAUCCAUGAGACUCAAUAGCAGGAUAAAUUUAGCAGCAUAAGAUUUAGAACAAGCACUGAGAGAGGGAUUCUAACUAAUCUCAAAGUUGUAUAAGGAAAGACUAAUCUCAAAGUCUUGUGUAAGGUGACUUAUAGCAAAGGCGAUUGACAAAUCAUUCCCGAGCUAACCUCAUUCAUUCAA